AUGGGAAAGAAGCAAGUAGCGCCCGCCUAUGUCCUAGGCGUGGGCAUGACCAAGUUUAUCAAGCCUCGUGGCAAGGUCGACUACCAUGAACUCGGAUUUGAGGCCGGUGUCAAGGCUAUGCUGGAUGCUCACAUCAAUUACGAUGAUGUCGACCAAGGUGUUGCAUGCUACGUUUACGGUGAUAGUACCUGCGGUCAGCGUGUCUUCUACCAGUUCGGUCUGACCAACAUCCCCAUCUACAAUGUCAACAACAACUGCUCAACCGGCUCAACCGGUCUGGCCAUGGCUCGCACCAUGGUCUCCCACGGCGCUGCGGACUGUGUUCUUGUUAUUGGUUUCGAGAAGAUGAGCCCUGGAAGCUUGCAGUCGGUCUACAACGACCGGGCCAAUCCGACUGGUCUCUUCGGUAUGAUGAUGGCCGAGACGAGGGGAAUCACCAACGCCCCCGGUGCUGCACAGAUGUUUGGCAAUGCUGGUCGGGAGUACAUGGAGAAGUAUGGAGCCAAGAAUGAAGACUUCGCGGAAAUCGCUCGUAUUAACCAUGAACACUCCAAGCGCAACCCCUACUCGCAGUUCCAGGAUGAAUACACGCUCGAGCAGAUCCUCAAGGCGCCUAUGAUUCACGAGCCCCUCACCAAGCUGCAGUGCUGCCCAACCUCGGAUGGGGGUGCUGCCGCUGUGAUCGUCUCCCAGGCAUUCCUAGACGCCCGUCCCCACCUCAAAGACCAGGCAAUCCUGAUCGCAGGUCAGCAGCUUGCAACGGACACACCCACUCUCUACAACCGAAGCUCAAUCGACCUGAUGGGCUUUGGGAUGACCCGCUACGCCUGUCGGGCGGCCACUGCUGAGGCUGGCGUCAACGUUAAGGACAUGAAGGUCUGCGAACUGCACGACUGCUUCUCUGCCAAUGAGAUGAUCACGAUUGACGCACUCGAGCUCUGUGAGCCUGGCAAGGCGCACGAGAUGGUUCGCAAAGGUGAUAUCACCUAUGGAGGCAAGAUGGUCAUCAAUCCCUCGGGCGGUCUCAUCUCCAAGGGUCAUCCCCUGGGUGCUACCGGCCUUGCGCAGUGUUCUGAGCUGGUCUGGCACCUGCGCGGAUGGGCCAACAACCGAUUGAUCCAGGGAACAGAUGCGGCACUGCAGCACAACCUUGGCUUGGGUGGUGCAGUCGUCGUGACUGUAUAUAAGCGUGCGGACGGCAAGGUUGCGACUGCAGUUCCUUCAGACGUUGUCGCGAAGAUCACUGGACUGGGAUACAAUCCAGCCGUCGAGGCAAAGGGCUUCACAGCCGAGCAAGUCAAAUCGGUCCUCAGCAAGAAGCACAACGACGAGUGGGCCCUGGGUGACACUCAGGAGAGAGUGCUCGCUCGCUUCUAA